AUGCCCGUGUUUACAGAGGACCCGGAAGGUGCAGCCACCGCUCUGUCCCAUGUGAGCGCGCCGGGGAGGCGCCGGGCGCCCGGGCCGGGCGGGUUCCGGGGCCGCAUCCGCUGCGCGCGGGGCCGGUGCUCGGCACGCUGCGGCCGGAGCCGCUCGAAGCGGCCGGAGCCCGGUCGCUUUCGGGGUGCAGAUCGGGCCCGGGUCCGGGGUUCGGGCCAGUGCCCACCCGAGGCGCCCGAACUUUCCUUCCCGGAGUUCCCCGAGCCGCCCGCGGAGGCGGCCCAGCCCCGGAUUCCAAGCCCGGCGCACGCAAAAAUAGCCCGUGGCCGGAUUAGCACGUCCCAGCGGGCUGACCAGGCCGGACAGCGCGGCUCCAGCCCCCGCCCAACAGCUGAGGGUCCCGGGAGCGGGAGGGCUCCGAGUCCGGCUGGUCUCCAGGCUCCUCUGAGCUGUACCCUCCCCCCUUACGUUCUCCUUCCCGGCCACCACCGGUGGGUGGUGUCUCCCAAGCUGAAACUCCAGCGCAGAGGGUGGAACUUCUUGGGAUCAUCCCCGCCCCAGCUGUGCUCCCUGGGGAUGGGAAUCCAGAAGCUGUGGAUCGAGGGAAGGUGGGGACUGGCCCCGUCUCCCCCAUCAGUAAACACGGAAACUGCAGGGCUAUGGCAGCUGCUCCCAAAGACACCCCUACGCGGUGCUCCGCGGCCAAGAGGAGUAGCCAGGGCUGAGCCGGAGGCCACUGCACGGUGCCUUGAAGCAGGCCGUCUCUUGGCUGGGGUGUUGGGGAGAUGGAGGGACCCCAGCUCCGAAGGGCAGGGGGUGGGGGCUGGCUGUCGGACCUGCUGGGGACAUGUCUGUGGGGAAUGGGCAGGGGGCCCCCAGCCAUGCCUGCCUGAGGCCCAGAUGCUCUUGACCAGAGUUCCUUAUGUGUGCACAGCUCGGGGCUGUGUGCAUGUGUGUGUGUCUGGGUGGGCGGGGCCUGGGUCAGGAGGCCCUCUAGCUCUGUGCUAGGAAAGGCCCCCGUUCCCCCCCUCCCCCCCCAUCUUGGGACUUCCUGGCAGAGAAGAUUCAGGAUGAAACUGGCUUUUCUGGUUUGGCUCAGCUAUAGGCUGGGCUCCUUCCACCCCGUGGAACUAGCCUCGGCCCCCUACCCCCACCCAGAGAUGGAGAGGAAGCCGGGGAGCCCAGCAGCUGGCUGGGACCCAAGAGGUUCCUGAGGCUGAGCCCCCGCCACCAGGAAUUGUUCUGGGCAAUCCGGGUCCUUUUCUCCGAGAACCCGACAGGGGCCGAUAGGGGGUUACACGAGUCAAGUGGCCCCAGAUUGGAGGUGUCAGGCCCCAGGCCCCUUCCCAGUGCCUUUAAGCAGCUCCAGGGGCUGAUGGGCCGCCCACUGCUCAGACGGGCUGAUCAGGGCCAGCAGCACUGGACCCUCACUCUUUGCCCGGCCCUAGUGUGCUGGCCAGACAAGCUUCCGUCCUGGGGAGCAUGCAUUCCAGGGGCACCCUUGGUUCGGAGGGAAUCACCCAGGGCUCCCUGCCUUUUGGGGCCCUCUUAGGGUCUUCUCAGCUCCGACUGCUGCUCAGGGUACCCCCUCCUGCCACCCCGUUGCUGCUCUCCCCGGAUGUGAGGGGCUCCUCCAUGUCAGCUCCGGUUUCCCCACUCUGGUGCCUGUAACAGGAUCAACUUUCUGUCCGAGGAUCGGAUUCCUCGGCUCCUGCCUGCUUUCUGGGUUGGGUGUGUUUUUGGGGCGCUUCCUCCUCCCUGAACUAAGAUGCUCUGGGUUGCAGAAGGUGGAGCGAGGGCCCAGGGGGGCCUGACAGCCCUGCACACCCUGAGGAACACUGAGGCCGGCCCCUUACCUGGGGGUGUGGCCAGGGCCAGCGAGGCAGGCACACAGCUCCUGGGCUGGCAGGGCCCACAGCUUUAAACUCUCUUGGAGGCUUUCAGAGCCCUGGGCAGUGACUGGCCUCUCUGAGCCUCAGUUUCCUCAUCUGUAAGAUGGACACAGGGGACCCCUCCCAAGGCCUGUGAUAAUUCAGUUGGUUGGUCAAGGAUCUUUGGUUUGAAGCAGGUGUGUCAGGAUAGUGCUGACUGAAGCCAUUUCUGCUCUGAUAACACACUUCAGGGACUCGGUUUCCCCUCGUGGGGCCUCUCCAGCACUGUCCAGCAGCCGUGUGUGCUGGGAGGGUGUUGCUAAGCCCCGACGGUGUCUGGGCACCAGGGAGUACUGUGUGCUCAGUCAGGGGCACUGCUGGGGGCUCUGCCUGGUGACCAGACGUGUUGCUGGGAUCUGGACCUCUUCCCUGCAGUUUGAGGGGCUGAUGUCACCCAACUCCUGAGAUCCAGUUAGACCCCAGAUUGUCGCGCCCGGAAUCUGCUGUAGCUGUGUCCCUGCCCCGACCCCCUUGCUGACGGCGGGCGGCAGGGGUGGGACCUUUGACCCCGCUGAGCCUCGGUGCUCCCCAGCCCCGGGUUAUAUCUGCUUCCGUCCACCCAGCGGGGUUAGAGGCUUGAUCCUGGCGUUGGUAACCCCUGGGCCAUGGGUGCCUGCUGGGCCUCGGACAGGACCUCCCCCCGGGGCUAGUGCUCCCUUUCCUCCCUGUUACCACCUCCCAGGUCAGGUCCUGCCCCUGCAGGGCCCCUACAGCAGGAGGACUCUUGUUCCGUUGUUGGCCCUCCGCAUGCCCCUCUGGGGUGACAGACGGGGCGGGUGACAUGGGCAGGCAGGGUUUGUCGUGUCCUCCUUCUGACGGGAUGAGGGCACCACGCAGGCUGUUGGCCAGGUCUCAGGCCUACCCGCUCCCCCCUGAACCUCAUUUCUUCCAAGAAAGAUAGAGGGGUAACUGGGAGGGUUGGGCCCGGCCCAUAUCCUUCCCAAUAGGGGAAGCUCAGACAGGUGACCCCCACUUUGCCGCACAGUAGCACGUGGUGGAGAAGGACUGGACUCCAGGCCGCCCGACAGCUGUGGUCCCGCUCCGCGGGGAGAGCUGGGUCGGGGUCAAACAGAAGACAGGGUCAGAGAUCAGGGCUCCCGUGGGGCGGUUGGAGGAGCUGGCCUCUCCGCUUCUCCUGGGACUGUGCUCAGGUGAGCUGGGGACACGUUGGGGCAAGUGUCCCGGGGUGGGGCCAUUGCUCCAGCUGACCUCAGUGGUGGGCGGUUCCCUGGGGCCGGGCACGACAGGGAGCCCAGGCUUGGCAGGUCUGGUCCCGGGCCGGGCCAUCCACUUGGCCUUCAGCACCCUCUGCCAGCCUCGUCCUGCGAGCGUGCGGGGAAGGCCAGAGUGCAGCGGUGGCUGCUGCUCACACCUAAGGAGCCAGCUGCACAGCCGCCGUGGCUGCCGGCCAGGCCUGCGCAGGCCAGAACCUCUCCCAGUCUCCUCCUGCCUCUUGGCCACAACCUUCCCAAGCGGCAUCUCUGAAGGGUUCCCUCCCCGGUUCCCCCAGUGGCUCCUGCUCAUGGCCAGGCUCUGGGCCCUCUGAUCCCUGGGCUCACCCCUUGCUCAGGUUGCUCCCCCAGAGCCAGAGCCGGAGCCGGAGCCGGCAGGCAUGGCCAGCCUUCCUGCUCCUGAGCAGGUCCUCUGUGCUCAAGCGCUGUGGGCCCUGCCGCCCUGCACUGGCUCCUGCUCCCUGGCCCCUCCUGCUCCCUGCAUGGUGCCAGCCCGAAGGAUCCCUAGUCAGCCCCACAGCAGGAACCUGGGUCGGUGGGACCCGCCCCUGCGCCCCACCUGCCCUCUGCCCUGAUGGCUGCAGCAGCUCCCACCCCUCUCGCUGCCGCUUAAAGCAGCCCCCGAGGUCCUGUGACUCUGUGGGCCCUCGUCCCUCAGCCUCAUCUCUUGCCCCACCCUUGUCCUGGGCUGUUCAAAGUGCCUAGGGUGCAGCGCCCUCAGGUGCAGUGUGGUUUUGUGCCCCCACCCCUGCUGGGUUGGGUCCCCACCGUUGGCACUUGCUUUGUCAGCCAUCCUUGCUUUACUUCCAGAUGCCCCUUUGAGUGUCUCCUGCUGGGCUGGGCCGGGUGGGCGGCCGUGGAUGUUGCCAGAGUGACUCAGAUGCUGUGUGACCCAGGCAGGCCGGCCGCCCCUGACUGUGGUUUCUCCCUGCACCGAGGGGUCAGCGCAGCGGAGAUGCUGUUGGGAUUUCCACCAUGAGGGGCCGUCUGGGAACAAGAGCCCACUGUACGCCUGGGGGAGGCUGGACACUGAGCCACUGUCUCCUCCGGGCGGGCGCUGUGCCCUCCCCGUCCAGACUCUUUGUCCGCCUGGGCCUGCCCCUCCCCCACACCCUUGGGCCCUAGCGUGGAGCCCCCCUGUGAAUCCCACCCGCUUGAGGCCCAGAUGGGAACUGGGCACCCAGGGGUGGGGGAGGCUGGGUGUCCUGGAGCUGCGUGGGCUACAGAGCUCCUCCUGCCUCUCCCCCCACACAGGAGGGACUUGAGGGAGGCGAGGGACACCGGGAGGUCUGGGAGCUGGUGCCUCCAUCAUGAGUGGCUCUUGUGUUCCUGGACGGACUGUGGGCCUGUGCCGCACCCUGUGCUCGCUCCCCACCCUCUUCCCACCUCUUUGCUUGUGCUGUUCUGCCCCGACCUGGGCAUGCGGUCCCCUCCUCCUCCCAGACCCCAUGGAAGGGUCAUCUUCAUGAAGCCCCCGUCACCCUGACCAUGGGGAUCGGCCCUGCUAGCCUGUGCUCCAGAGUGCCCCGUGCUCCCGGCACUGUGGCCGGCGGUGAGGGGACACACACGGGUGACGAACUCCCGAGCGGUCCGGUGGGGCAGCCUGACCAGCUGCGGGCCUGGAACGUGUUGGAGGCUCGGAGGCAUGUGCAAGGCAGGGCCCUAGGAUGGGAGGGAGCCAGGUGACAGGAGGCCAUGGGGCAGUGGGAGCCAUGGAAAGUCAUGGAUGUGUGCGGUGGGGUGAGCCACUCACCAAGCUGGCAAAGAUUCCUUGUUCUGCUGAGCGGAGAACCAGCUGAUCACCCAGGAGUGCCAGGCCUGCUGGGGAGGCACGGAGAGGCCAGCUCCCCAGCACCCAGCCUGUGGAUUCCCAGCAGUGGUCCCAGGUGCCGCUCUUGGCACCAUUCCUCUCUGGACCUCACAAUGGCUCCACAGAGGUAUUGGCCCGUUUUCCAGGAGAGAACACCGAGGCACAUGGUGGUGGGGUGGCGGGGACAGACUGAGGCCAGCACAGCUGCCCCCUCUGAAAUGCUCAGCAGGCCCCCAUCCUGCUUAGUCCCUCCCCACAAGGCCCCACAGGGUCCAGUAUAGUCUCGGGGUCACAUCACCUGGAUGCCUGUGUGGCAGGCGUGGCCUGACCUGGCUCUGAGGGCACAUGGGGAUGCUGUCGCCGCCCUGCAGGUUCCGGAAGCCCCUAUCAGAUAAGGCCUAUCUGAUCACCGUCUGUGUGAUGUUGCCUGAACUCCCACCGCCAGUGCCUGGGAGCCAGAGCUGCCCUUCCCAGUCACUUCCUUACUAACAGGGGGGUCUUAGAAUCUACAUGGCCUGUGAAGGGCGGGCUGGUGGGUGCUGACCAUGUCAGGGGACAGCAGGUCUGGGCUGGGUUUGUGGUGUGAGUUGGGCGAGUGCCGAUCUCCUGGUUCAGUUCCCAGAGACCCGUUCUCAGGACGCCUUCAUGUUGGAACGCCCCCCCCCCCCACACACCUGCCUCCGACCCCCUGCAAGGACCCACCCGUCUGACCCCACAUUGUGGGGACCAGCGUAGGCAGGGUGCCCAGAAGGGAUUCCCAGUGAUGUGCAAACACAUGCUUCAGCCCUUGCUCUGAAUCACAUGGGUGAGGGCAGAGGACAGGGGCUUGGCUCUGAGGGGCUACAUGAAUGGAAAGACCCCUAGGUGCAUAGUCAGCUCAGAGAAGAGGCUGGACCGUAUGGGAGGGGUAAGAGCCAGGAGAAGGCACCCACCAAGCCGGCUCCUGGCUGGUGUAGCGUAAGUGGGAGCUGUGAGCGGUGCCCGGGGACUGUCCCUAACUGGUGCAGGGCCAGUCGGAGUAUGAGUGGUGAGUAGUGUCACUAUAGGGGUAAUGGGAUCUGUGAGCUGAGUCCUGGUCCUGGCCCUGGUCAGUGUAGAGGCAGUAGGAACUGUGAAUAGUAUUCUGGGCUCAGCCCUGUUUGGUAUAAAGCCAAUAGGAGCUGCCAGCCACAUCCUGGCCCGGCCCCAGUCGAUAUAGGGCCAGCAGGAGCUGUGAGCCGUGUCCAGGCUGUUUUUGGUCUGUGUAGUGGCAGCUGUGAGAACUGUCCUGGGCCUGUCCCUGGUCUGUGGGGCAGGAGGAGCUCUGCUCGCAUCCUGCCUCCCUGUGCAGUGUAAGCGAGCGCUUUCUUGGUCGUUCUAGAGCCAGAGUUGCUCUGAGCACAGUCCUGGCCCUUCUCUGUCUGUGUAAGUCCAGUAGGGGAUGUGAGCGGCAUGCCAGACCUGUCCCCAGUGAUGCUACCCUGAAUAUGUGCCUUUGGGCAAAUCAAGCCUCUUUUGGCCUCAGUUUCCUGAUUUCUAAGGUAUGGGCGGGGCUUUCUCUAUAUUUACUGCAAGCAGUGGCAAGGGAGGCUCACAUGUGGAAGCUGUUUCUAGGGGUGUUGGUGGGUGGGUUACAGACCUGUCGGGGGCUGAAGCUCUUUGAGGAAUUUUGGGGUCUCUGCCCUGAGUAGUGCUCGGCCUCCCCCCUGGUGUCCACGUCCCCCAUUGUGCUCAGGGAGCCCUCUCAAUCUUGGAUACCCUGUUUUCAGAUCCUGUGUGGUCCUUUGGGGAGGAGGGUUCAGAUCUGUGCUGAAAGUGACGUUUUGUAAAGGGGGGAAAUAGGGUGCCGGGUGGGCCACGGUCCCAUGACCUUUGCCUCUCGGUUACAUGGCCGUGCAGAGGCGGCCCACAUCCAACCCUGGCCUCUCUGCUUGGGGUCCUGGGCCUUACCCUGCGCCUAAGCGAAAGGUUUGGGGGUGGGUCUCAUACUUAGGUUUGAUGCUGGACAGGCAGCCCUCCCAUGGCUGAGCUUUCUUUGCUGGUAUUUAUGGGCGCAUGGCACCCCCUGGUGGUCAUGGCAGUGCCUGCGCCCAGGUGGUUUUCAGGAGGUUCCAGUAGUGGUAACAGCUCUCAGACUCUGGGAAGCCACGUGGCCACUCCUCUGUGACCUGGAGCCUUCGCAGACCCCACCUGUGAGCCUUUCUCUCUGGAGCCGAUGGCAUGGUGGUUAGAGGGUGAGGUCUCAGAUUUGCCCUGUGUAUGGAUGGGUGAGCUCAGCCUGGCAAUGCCCUCACGCUCACUCAGAUCUCUGCUCUGGCGGUUCCCUGUGCCAGGAGCAAUCCCCUCCUUCUGCCCCUACCCCCCUCCAAGCCUUGCUAACUUGAUAACCUCCUUCAAGCCUUUGUUCAGGUGUCACCUCACAAGGAGGCAUCACUGCGCUCAGCAACUGUAAUGUGCUGAUUUUGUCCCUGUCAUACUUCGCACCCGUAAACAAAAUAUCUACUUAUAGAUUCACUAGAGGCCUGGUGCACGGAUUUGUGCACUGGUGGGGUCUCUCAGCCUGGCCUGCAGGGACCAGGCCGAAACCAGCUCUCCGACAUCCCCCAGUGGUCCUGGAUUGCGAGAGGGUGGUUCUUGGGUGACGCACCCCGGAAUCCGGCUCCCUCCUCUCUGGUUCCAGCUGCAUAAUCCAAUAACCAUAGUUGCCAAGUCAUUGUAGCUCGACAGCU